AUAGGCCGAAAUUUGGUGCAUAGAGGAAGUUGCACAUUUUCUCCCAUUUCUUCUCUCUCUCAACAGGAACAACGAAAACCUCGCCUCUCCGCUCCGUCGGCAUCACCGGCGGCGAUCUCAUCUUCUUCUCCUUUGAAACCGAUUCUCGAAAGAAGCACUUUGAGAUAACGACUGUUAGAGUCUUUGAGUAGUGUGAGUGUGACCUAUCAGCGCCGAUGUCAAUGAAUACGGAAAGCUCCACUUCUCAAUUUCCAGUGUCUCAACUCAAUUUCUCUCGGGAAAUCAAUGGGAAUGAAACGGAGAUUAUUAUUUCGAGAUACGAAGAUCAUUUUCUGGUUAUUGCUACCCAAAUAGGAACCAUGGGGACAAUAGUAUAUGCCAGAAAGGAAGAAGGGGUGUCCAUCAAUCCAACGUUCAACGUUUCUGUUAUAUUUGGCAAACGGGAUGAGCCAAUGUUAGUAGCAUGUGCACGUCAGCUGAUUGAGCAAAUGAGUUUGUCUGGCUCCUCCAGGCCAUUGGUCCUCUCGCUUGGUCUUAAAGACCAUUCUGUGGAGACAUUGAAAGGCAUUGUUUCUGCUGUGAUGGACAAUAGCAUGUGGUAAGAAAUUGCUGAUGAAAAUAUAUCAAGUGAUUGGAUUUCUACCAAGUGGGCAUUCUACAAAAGAAAAAAAAAAAAGUGAUUGGAUUUUAAGGUCAAGUUUUAAAAUUUACAAUAUUUUUUAUUACGAAUAUUGCAGAUACUAUAAGUGUAGAGAGACAAUGUUGAACUAAUGACCGGAGUAGGAAACGGGAGAGGAAAAGUAGAACUUUUAGGAUCAAAAUUUUCAUAUUGUUGUCAUAAUGUUUUUAAAUUAAAAACGUUUAAUAGCCUCCCCAUUAAAUAUGUCAUUAAAUUACAUGUCAUUGUUAAAAUGGGAGAAAUAAAAGGAUUGAUUUGAA